AUGGAUGACUCCCGUAGUCUCUACGGCUUUUUUGCAAGGCCAGGUUCGGGUCCGUACGUUGUUAUCGCCCUGUGUUGCGUCGCAAAUUUUAUAAAUGCAGCGGAUCGCGUAUUGAUGCCCAUAACCAUAAUUUCAAUGGCAGAUGAAUUCGAUUGGGAUCUGCAUUUUCAAGGCUGGAUACUCAGCAGCUUCUCAGUUGGUUAUCUCAGUAGUCUAGUUGCUGGGGGCAGUGCGGCUAAAAACUUUGGCGGAAGAAGGGUUCUUACGCUGGCCGUAUUACUGUGGUCAUUGUCGUCUUUCCUGACUCCGUUUUUCGCCGCCUCCUGGCCGCUAAUGAUAUUUUUUCGUUUCCUUCUUGGCGUUGGUGAAGGAAUAGGAUUACCAACUAUGUUUCACAUCUUUUCCCAUACUGUUCCUGUGGAGGAACGUGGCAGAGCCUUCAGUUAUCUGAUAGCUCUAGGAUCUGUGGGUCAGUUUGUUGCUGGGAUAAUAUCCCCCCACAUGACUUGGCCUCUUCCCUUUCUUCUCUUUGGUGGAUUCGGCUUGCUGUGGGUUGUCGCGUGGGUCUUAUUUACCAAGUCAUUUGGUGAUUUCGAGCAUUUAGGCCCAUCUGAUUACCUUGUUUCGACACCACCGGUAAGGCAUUUAUUCGUCUCUCUAACUCAUCCCUCUCUUAGCUCGAUCACUUUCGCUCUGUAA